AUGGGCAUUGUGUAUCGUCAGUUGGCUCAGGGUGUUCGAGGUAUAAGGUUCAUUGUCAACUUGGCUCCGAGGAAAAUGUGUUUCUGUAGCGGUGGCGGUGGCAAUUGCAAAGGCGAAGUGAAGUGCAUAGGCAUCCAUAUUGCUAUCGCUUUUGCCGGCUUCAUUGGUUUCUCGGCCCUCCUUGUCUUGGUUCUAUACAUCAUGGGUAGACAAUAUGAUGUGAGCCUUGGUACCAUAUUCGGCCAGAUACGGGACGGGUUCCGUGGUUACAAGCCUUCACUGCACUAG